CUGAUAAAUUUACACCAUGAUCGAAAUUUUACAACUUGGUCCAUCAGAUAAUUGUAGUGCAACAUCUGUAUUGAAUUGUGUUGUGUUGAAUUAAUGGAAAUUAUUUUUUUACUUUCAGUGCUGAUGUCUAAAAGCUGCACUGCACAAAGUCCAGAUAAACCUGUUCUGACUGUAAAUCCUGAAACAUCACCGAUAUUCAGUGGAGAGACUGUCACUCUCACAUGUGACGUACAGGGGACAGAAGUGACAGACUGGACAUACAGAUUUCAGUGUGAUGGUGUUUAUCAAGACUCUAAUGAGAAAGAGUUCAAGAUUACUGUAAUGAAGAUCAGAUACAAGAAAUGCAGGUGUUACGCUAGAAGAACAUCUACACAAAUAGUCACUUCCUGGAGUGAUGAAGUGUCAUUUCGUGUCAUCGCGAGACCAAAACCUGAAGUGCGUGUAAAUCCAGAUCAUCAUGUGUUCAGAGGAGAGACAGUCACUCUCACAUGUGACAUACAGACACAAACACACACUGAGUGGAGAUACAGCUGGAUUAAAAAUGGGACCAUCAACAUUCUCAAUCAAUGCACAAAACAAGAGUGUGAAAUAAGCAGUGUUGAAUUCUCCCAUCAAGGUAAAUACAGAUGUAGAGGAGAGACAAGAGGAUCACGCUACACACACACCAGUGAUGAACUUACACUGACUGUAUCAGAUUUGCCCACAGCUAAACUCACUGUACAUCCAGAAACAUCUGUUUUCACUGGAGAGACAGUGAUCAUGAAGUGUGACAUUGAGUCUGAUUACAGUAACUGGAGAUAUGAGUGGUAUAAAGACAGAACUGUCGGUGUCUGA